AAAAAAAGAAGACAAUAUGCACUUGUAUAGUCAAAACUUUCGUGUUUGUGCCAAUAAUAAUUAAAUUUGGAGAAAUACUACUUAGCCACUUUCGUCCAAUUUUUUAACGGUGUUAGCAUUAAGUGUGACCGGACAAACGGAGAUGUCAAUGUGGUAUAGUACUACUGGCUAAUUUUGUAUGUAUGAUAAUAUGAAAUAAAUUAAAAUAUACAAAAAUACAAAAAAAAAAAAAAAAAGGGAAAAAGCACUUCUCUAUCUCUCCUAAUCUUCCCCAAUGCCGUCCAACUUCCUUCUUCCUCCUCCUUUCUUCUCCGAUUCUCCUUGCAACCAUAAAACAAUAAAAUAGGUGGUAGGGAAAGCAGAAUAUGAAGAAGAGGGCAUCGUUGAUCAUGGAGGAGAGACGCAACAAUAUAAGGACCAAUCGACUGCACCGCAGAUCCGUUUGAGCUUAGAGAUUGAAAAUGGCAGCCAAGCACUCCUCCGACAAAUAUGAGUCGUCCCUUGCUUUGAUUAGCGACGAGGUGGAGAAUUUGGACUUGAGGUGGUGAUGUUGAGAUUUUGGCGUCUCUCGAUCCAUCAGCAGCAGUUAAGAAGCGGAGAUGAAGGUUGGAGAAGCAAGCAUCGUCGGAUCCAGAUCUGAUUUCCAAGAUGAAGGACUCAUCGUUGCCUCCCAUCCCUUCCGCCGCGUUGUCCAGAUCUAAUUUCCAAGAUGAAGGACUCGUCCGAGGGUUUCGAUCUGGAUUGGAGUGCAGACGCCAUCGCCGACAGGAACUUUGUUAUGCGAUUUCAUAUUUUGAUUUCGGUGGUGGGUCUGGCAGUGGCGGCGUAUUUGGGGGGCGUUUCCGGCGGAGAAAUUGGAAGCAACGGGCAGCGGAAGUCUCCGUUGGACUGGGUUUGAGAGGUGAAUAGAUGGAGGGAUGGAUUUUUGUCGGCAUCGGCGAAGGAUCCAAAAGUCCGGGCAAGUAGCAGUACCGGUUACGACUGCUUUUUUGUAGCCGCCGAUUCGAGUUCCGACGAUGGUGGUUGAUUCAGAUGAUAAGGGUUUCGGAAAAGAAGCUAGAGGAUUUGAAUCGAGUUUCAUCGAAAGACGAUGGGAUGGGAUUAGGUGCUAACCCUUAUAAGGGUUAGCACCGUGAUAACUAGCAAAAAACGCUACUAAAAAUAACGAAAUCACUACGGAUUAUUAUAAAAUCAAUACAACAUCUAAGCUAAAUCACUACUAAUUCAAACUAGUAGUAGUUUUUCCAUUGGUUAGGACGGUGCUAACUAUUAUACAAUUAGCACCGUAGCCGUUCCCAAAGACGAUGAUGAUACCCGAGUUUCAAAAUCAACGAGAAUUGGGGAACUCGGAGAUAUCAUAUGGUACUGGAGAAGAGAGGGUGUUAGGGAGAUGAAGAAAUUGGGGAAAAUUAAAAUAAUUUUUUUAUUAAUUUAUGACAUGUAAUUAUCAAAUAAAUUUUAAUAGUGACG